GUUCAUUUCAGCCCACAUUUAUUCUUUGUUCUUCACUUUAAUCCCUCAAAUUCUCCAUAAACAACAAAAUCCCCCCUAUUCUGACUCCAAAUUCUUCAGAUCCUACCUGCAAAAACCUCGUAGCUCCGAGUAACAGUCAUCACAUAACAGUCGGCGUAAUUCAAGAACUUCACUCUCCAUAAAACCAAAUACAAAUUCAAUGUCCAUCUCUAGCGAAAAAGGCAAGUCGAUAAUUAUAUUAAUGUUUUAUUUCCUUAUUUUUAUGUUAUUACAUCUUCCGCAUAUUUCUUGCCUUGUUCUUGCAUCAGAUUUGGACCCAUCUUCAAAUUUAAUUGAAAAUGAUAAUAAAGAUCAUGCCCCUUUGAUUGAAGAUGACUAUCAAACCAACCCAGAUGUUAAUUUGGUGAGAAAACAGCAACAACAAUUGGAAAAACUUGAAGAGUUAGUAAAAAAUUUAACUAAACUUGUUUCUCAAUUAGAGGCCAAAUUUUCUGAGAUCCCGGAAAAAUUUGAGAAGUUACCUCUGGUGUCAACUGAUGAUGAGAAAAGGGAAGUUGAGAAAACUAAAGAAGGGUUGACCGGGAUAGAGAAAGUACCGUCAGGAGAGGGGCUGCGGACGGUGUCUGUGACGAAGUAUAGUUCAUUUUGGUCGGAGAGGUUUCAGUUUGUGUCAGCCGUGAAACUGGGGUCGAGUCCUAGUUGUAUUAAUGUAUUGCCUUUUAGGGAUUUUGAGGGUUUGAGCAAGUAUGUUGCUGUGGGGGACGACAAGGGUAAGGUAUAUGUGUUUUUGAGAAAUGGAGAUGUUUCUGUGGAGUUUGAUGCUUUGUCCGACUUGCAGUUGCAAUCAUCGAUGAUAACAUCUAUGGUGUCAUACUUGUCGGUUUAUAAGAAUGAGAGCAUAAUUGUUUCGGGGUAUGAGAGCGGAUUAGUUUUUAUGCAUAGGGUUUGGGAGGUGUCAAACAGUGAUGAGUUUAGUUCGCUUCACGUGGAGAUGGUUGGAAGAUUCGAGAUCUCAGGAGGAGGUCGAUCGAGGAUUAAUGUGUUGGAAGUGCACCAUGUUGGGAGGAAAAGAUACAUUUUGGCUAUAGAUGGUAGUGGGAAAAUUACAGUGUUCCGGGAAGAUGGUACGGUUUAUGGGUCGGCCGUUCCAAGUAGGCAGCCACUUGCAUUCUUGAAGCAAAGGCUUUUGUUUCUUACAGAGACAGGGGCUGGGUCUUUGGAUUUGAGGACCAUGAAACUAAAGGAAUCCCAGUGCGAAGGAUUGAAUAAUUCUAUUGCUAAGAAUUUUGUUUUUGAUGCCAUAGACCGGUCGAAGGCAUAUGGGUUCACUCAGGAAGGCGAGUUGAUUCACACAUUAUUGAUGGGCGAUAUAGUGAACUUCAAAUGCAGAAUUAGAUCAAAAAGGAAGAUGGACUUGGAUGAGCCUCUAGCCUUACAUGCAAUGAAAGGUUAUUUGCUGAUUGCUAACCAGGAGAAAAUUUUUCUGUACAACCUGUCAUCUCAGCAUUAUGUUUGGGCUGGUGGAUUACGACUUUCUUUCUCUGUUGGCCUUGAUGAGAUCAUAUCAUCUUUUCUAAAUCAGAAAGUGGUCGAUGUACUUGAUGAAAAGAGGAUGGCAAUACCUUUGCUCACCAGUGACUAUGAAAAGUUUGUUAUUCUCAGUCUUGGGAAUGGAUACGUGGCAAUCUAUCGUUCCAACCUUCCAUCGAUCAAAAGUGAAUUCAAUAACAUCCUAUGGACGAGUCCUGUUUUGUUUUUCAUUCUGUUUCUCUUUGGAGCUUGGCAGUUUUUUGCCAAUAAGAAGGAGGCACUUACCUCGUGGGGCCCCGAUGAUCCUUUUAGUUCCACAUCUGUCAUGAAUGGAGCUCCACUGGCUUUGGGCACAGGGGAGAGGUCUUUCAUGGAUUCUUCAAGAAACGUUGAGAUCAUGGAUCUGAGAGGCAGUAGUCUAAGACCUUCAUCGAGAAGGUUCUCUCCACCUAGGUACUCUGGGGGAUCGGCCGGUCCCUAUAGGCCGAGCUCAGAUGCUGAUUCUAGACCUUCUUCAAUUGAUCCCCGAUUCAGAACACCCUCCGAGUUGAAAUUUAGAGGGUCAAGUAUUGAAACUACAAUCGUUCCAAAAAGAAGAGAGGGCUUAUAUGUAAAUAGUCAAGGUAUAAACGAUAGCAAUUGACGGUGUUUUUUACCUGUGCAGUUGGUCCUGUAGACCAUCUGAGUUUUCUGUAGCUGUGAUUUCAUAACAUUUACUCAUAGCGAAAGUAAAAAUCUGGAACUUAAGCCGUUAUUAUCAGAUAUCUUGAAGUGUUGGUUCCAAAGGAAGGCAAUUUUACUUUCUAAUUUAAAAUAGUUCUUUCGUUUUC